AUGAAUAACUUAUCUACCCAACCUUAUCGUCUUCCCAACAACAAUAUUAAUAUCAAAGUUCUAGCUGAAGGUGCUGCAAAUGUUAUAUAUCAAAUAACUGUCGAUUCAAGAUCAGGGGAGGUUACCGAGGGGGAGAGGGACAAGGAUCAUCGAGGAGAGUUCGAAUAUCUUUCUGGAAAAUUACUACGUCUCAGAAAAGAUGUUCCCACCACAGCCCCAACUUCCGAAUCACAUCAGCAAUGGCUCAAAUAUAUUGUACCCUUAUUCAAGCCUGAUCAAAUAGUCACCCAAGAAUUGGUCUAUAUAGGUCAUCUUAAUGUAAUUCCCGGUUUGAAUACCGAUCUCAGACGUUUUGACAAUACAGGUAGUACAUCUACCUCGAAUCAUCUUGCACCACCCCCUAAAGGGAAAUUUUAUCGCUCCCGAGCUCAGAGUGGUACUUUCCUUGCAAAAGACGAUUAUGGUCUUCUGGUCACAGAUAUGACACCUAGAAAAUCCACGCAAGAAACAGUCGUAGAAUUCAAACCCAAAUGGCUCUCUCCCUCCCAUGAAUUACCACCCCAAGCCAUCCGCUGCCGCACCUGCGCUCUUCACGCUCGUCGCGUAGCAUUUGGAGAAGAAAGAAAAAACACCGAUCUCCAAUCCUAUCUCUGUCCUCUCAAACUCGUCGAUUCUCAUCCCAAAUUGAAAUUCGCCAAUUACGCCGCAGCUGCAUCUCACAUCCUACACCAACCCCCUGACACACCCGCUGUACACGCACUCGCAACCUGGAUCUGUGACAAUCCAUUGCUGACGCGAUUACGUGAUCUUCAAGCGAUGUAUGAUUUGAAGGGAUCAUUGGAGUCGGAAGGGGCUUCGCAUGAACUUUGUGUGGCGAUGACGUUGAGGGAUUGUUCGUUGUAUAUUAGGAUGGAUGGGGAUGUGGAUGGGGAUUAUCGGGUUGUGGAGGCUCGUUUGGGGGAUUUGGAUUAUAAGUUGGCGGAUAAAUAUUCGUCGUGGAGGAGGAAAGAGAGGGAUUUGAGCGAUGAGGGGUGGUAUUGUGGGGAGGAAAGGAGGGAGUUGAGACAGUCGGUUGAUGAGUGUCUUUUGGCGAGGAAGUUAUAG